UUGUUAUUUUACAAGUUUGCCAUUUUCCCUAUCCCACUCCCGUCCCACUUAUUAGAAUACCUUGCGUGGGUUCCAGGGACCGGGACCCAGCUCGUCUAGCGUGGGUCCGUGGACAGCAGUCUGCACUGGAUAGGCAAAGCAGCCAGACGUACUCGGGAGUAGGAUUCGUUCGUAUCGCAGUUCAUAAAUCAGCCAAAAAAUGGAUGAUACAGACUUCCGUGAUGUAGACCCGAACGAGGUUUGGCUGGAGAAGGUGACCAUUGGGGGGUUUCGCGUUUGGCACAUAAUAGCCGCUGUCCUGGGCAUACUAAUGGGAAUCAUGAUUAUGGUCUGCUGUUGCAUACGAUUCCGCAUACCGCGCACCAAGCAGGAGAUCGAGGCGGACUAUCAGCGCAAGCAAAUCACUAAGAAGUUCCGCGAGAAGCUCCAGCAAAUUAAGAACUCGGAAAUGGACGACAUGGACCUACAGAAGGUUUGUGCUCGAAUCCAAAGCGAUUUCCUGAAUCUCCAGGCGAGCGUGGAGAGCAUGAACGAGAAGCAAAAUGUUAAGUUUAAGAUCUAGAUACGCAACUGUUAUACUGUUAUAAUGUGCAACGGAUGAUGAAACCUAUACUUUACUCCUAACAACAUAAAUACUUAUAAACUAGACAAGCAGUGAAUUUUCAUAUUGAAGAACAUUAAACGUACGGGUAUCGUCAAAUCCUAACAACGACUAAACGACUAUGCAAACAAUAAAGCUCGGGGAUGCAGUAAAACAAUAGUUCUUUAUAUUGCAAAUUGGGUUUCUCGUUUUAUUAAUUCAGUUUGCUUUUUGCUUUCUGCUUUUUUGUGGUAUCAAAGGUUCGUUAAUAAUGUUUUGUUUGCAGGAUUAUGUUUUUAAAUGCGUUUUCUACACAUACAUA